AAUUCCUACAUCGUCUAUCAUCCCCAUUGAAUUUUCCAAUAAAAAAUGGACAGUGAAAAAAUCGUUGCUUGCAUUAUUGCCGUGUUCUUGCCUCCAUUGGCGGUGUUCAUGAAGGUGGGAGCCACUUCUCCUUUAUGGGUUAACCUUGUGUGUUGUAUCUUCUUCUGGUUCCCAGCUAUUUUACAUGCGUUAUACGUUGUGUUGAAGGAUUAAAUUACUCAAUUGAAGGCUCGAGACUCGGGCUGUUAGAAGACCGUGUCUGAUGUAGGGCAUGUUGAGAGUCGUCUUUUGUGACUGUAUAGUUAAUAUAUACCUUUUG